UUUAUAUUAUAAUUUGCCAGAAAGCCAGAAGGCAGAGGAUUCUAAGCAGACAACCAUUAUAGUGAUGGGGGUUAUCAUAGCAUUGCUUGUUGUUGUGGUCAUAAGUUUGAUUGUGUCUAAGUUUGUCGUCUGGAAAAGACAAUCUGCACAAAGAAGUCGCGAAGAUACAGAUAUAUCUUUUAAACAUGCGACCUCGCCUACAAAUACGGAACACAAGAGAGAUGAACGUAUGCCUACUGAGCUACAUGCUGUUUACUACAAUGUCAUGGAAGAAAACGGGGACUCCUGCAGUGCGGACAAUUCAACUGCAAGUGAAUAUGAGAAAAUAGAAUCAAUUCAAGUUCCAGAACACGAAUACGGACAUAUUUCGUCUGCUGAUUGAACUUCAAACAGCAGAAGCCAGAAUCUGCCUAGCAAAUGCAUCUGUGUGGUCUGAUUGAAACAGAUACUCCUGAUAUAUCAUUAACCGGAACUGAAUAUAUUAUGGAUUUACGGUAUAUAUCAUAUCUACUUCAUCUAAAUGUAUUUGUAUCACAUUGCUUAUUCAGUUAUAGUGCUAUUUACUUCUACUUCUUAUUGUAUUACUUUAGUAAACUAUGAUCUUUAUCUCAUAUUUGUUAUAUAUAUUUUACUUUUAAAAUUUACAUUAUGAAAAAUAAAUCUCACAUUAAAUGUGUAUUGCAUUCCUGAGAGGGUGAUAUGAAAAACGUUCACCGAGAGAUAAAUGAAUAUCGACCGAGGCGCCAGAUAAAAAGUUGUUUUCGAAAUUUUUGGCACGUAGUACAAGUAAAAAAAAUCCUAAAGUAUAUAUAAGCGCUGUUCGUGAGAGGUGGUGAAAUAUGCAAGAAUCCUGGCAUACAAUGUAUGGAGCGCCGUAACUGCCUUGGAACAUUUUUUGUUUUGUCGUCCAUUUUGAGUAUUAAUCUGUCACACAUCUAUGCUAUUAUGCUUAUAUACGGCGUGGAAUAGUUUUGUUAUGUCUAGUGGUUAUGUUAAUAUCUCAACAUGCGCAACUGACCAAUUCAAGGUUAUGUUAAUAUGUAUUUGUAGCAAAAUUUGUUCAAGUGGUGACAUAUGAUAUCAAACAAUUAUGUUUUUUUAUGUCAAAAUGGGAAGAUGACUUAUCCAGUUUUUCAUUACAUCAUAUAGUAAUGUUGCAAUGUCAAAAUGUGAUGCUGUGUUGUGUUAUGUUACAUCGUUAUUAGGUAUUUGAUACAUAAAGAGUAAAAAUGUGCUAAAGCUACUGUGACAGCUGGCUUGCAACAAAUAUACUGUUGAUGAUUAGGGGCUUUAGAUAUGAUUGACCAAAACAAGUAGUAAACUGUCCAAAGGAAAAAGUUACGUUCUAAGAACGCAAACCCUCAAGUUUUAUCUAUACAGUAGUGUAUCGAAUCAUGUAUAUAUGAUCAACUUAAGUAUGUACACAAAAUGUAUAGACAAAAUAAAACAUAUACGAAGUGAUGACAAAUGAACAAGUAAAGACACACAGAAUGUCACUCGUAUUAUGGCUGUAUUAUAAAUGUAUUAUCAGAUUCGCAUUCAAGAAGUUCAUAAAGGAAUAACAUAGGUUAACCUUUGAUUUGGAGUAUAUAUUUAGGACAUACACGCAACACCUCAUAAUACAAUUUACAUGUUCAUCAACACAGGUGACAAAAGCCUCGUACAUAAACGCUUUUGACUAUCUGUAAGAAUUUGACAUCUUAACUUUGAUCGCUCGCAUAUUUUUACAUUUCUUUUGUUUUGUAUUUAAAUGAUGUUAAUCCAAUGUUUUCAUGUUUUCAAUGCAAUGAUUUGUAAAUUACUCUUAUUUAGUUU